AUGAGUAGUGGCGAAAGCCCCGGAGUGGCGGAGCCAUCGGGCGCAAGACUGCAUUUGGGUCCAAAGCUGUCAUCGCUCCCACGCAGCCUGCGCAACUUACGUCGGGGGAAAUCUUCAAAACAGGCUUUAGUAAACUUCCAGCUUCAGUACACCACCGUCGCCGCCGGCUCGUCUACAGCCGAUACGGCCCCAACUGCUGCUACAGCCCCGGCACCAGAAGGUACUACCGGGGUAGUCGCGGCGUCCGGCGCAUCAUCGCCGCCGUCGCUGGCGGCGCCGUCCUCAGCUGCGGUACGGCAGCCGCCACCGUCGGAUUCCGAGUGGCGGGUGGUGCCUGGCGUUGUGGCUGACGCCAGCUUGGAUCUGGCGAAGUAUCUCGACUCCAGGGAGACGGCGCCGGACAGCGCGGAGCUGACGUGGCCCAUGAGUCGUACAUAUUGGACGAGUGCCGACGGCGCGUCGUCGUCGUGCAGGGCCUCAAGCUAUGCGUUGAAGGUUUUCGUGGUACGUCUGGCUCCGGAGAGCAGGGGCACGGGGUUGCGGCCUUUCCUAGGCGAAUCAGCCCUGCCGCGGCCCCAGUCCGGCGGCCUGGUCCUGCCCACCCUGGAGCUCGACAGCCCAGCCCCACAGGGCACCCCAAGAUCCCACAGCCGCAGCCGCAGCCGCAGCCGCAGCCGACGUCGCCUGCCGUCCCGUACCGGCUCCGCCAGGUCUGACGUCACGACUGCGUCGCUGCCGCCGCUGGAGACCGAAUAUCCCGCGGCGGAGGUGGAGGCGGGAGUAGUGGAAGAAGAGGCGGUGGUGGCGGAAGAGGCGGCGCCAUCGCGGCCCGGGCUGACAGACGCCGAGAUGGAUCGUAUCAUCUAUGCGACUGUUGGUACGGCAGUCGCGGCUCAUGAGGUUGCGGCUGUUGCGGGUCGCGGGGCGGAUGUCUGCACACGGGAGCCGGAGGCACUGGUGGCGGCGGCGCGGAGCUCCAGCGAGGUGGCGGGUGCAGGGGGCCCCAGCGGCGGGGACAGCCAGGACGCUGACGCCGCUGCAGCGGCGGCCGUGGCGCCAGCGGCGGCGGCGGCGCCUCUUAGAGUGUCGCCUAAUGCCAUGUUGCGCGCGCUUCAACAGGCCAGCCAGCAGCUGCCACUGCCGCCGGGACACGCGGCGCCGCUGCACCCCGCAGCCAUCGCUGCAGCGGAGGCCGUCGCCGCCAUGACGGCAGCCGCAGCCGUCGCCAGCGGCAAAUUCAACAGCGCCGGCAGGAUGCGCUCCGGUCCUAACCCCGCGCGGUCUUUGGUGCCCAGCUCCAUGCCGACGAUCACGAUUCGGUCCGCCGGGUGCCCAUUGGAAAGCCCCUUCAAAAACGGACCAGGGGCCCCGGAGGAGGCGGCGGCGGCGGCGGCAACGAAUGUCAGAGAUGGACGGGUUGCGUUUCUGGGUCCAGACGCCGUUCAGGCUGACGUGAUGGGAGAUUCACUGGAAUUCGACGUGGAGAUUGCGCCGCGGGAUCACCCGAUUGUGGGCUCCCUGGAGCUCAGUUCCGGCAAUCGCAUGAGACCCGAGGACGUCGGCGCCGCCGCGGCGGCGGAGGCGCUGUUUGCCGCGCGACAGGGCGCGGCGACGCCGGUCGUGCUGCCGGUGCUGGGCCGCUGCGGCAGCGGCAGCUUAGGCCAGCGCAGGGGCCGGGCUGCAGCCGCCGCUGCAGCGGCGGCGGCGCCGUACAGCCCUCACAAUUCGGGUUCCGUCAGCGCACCUAGCAACUCUGUGGGAUGGUUGGUUGGAGCCCAAGAAGCUGUACGGGGCGUCGGCAGCGGCGUCGGCAGCGAUGGCAGCGGCAGCGGCGCCGGCGGCCCGGACGACGCUGGCAUAUCCAUGUUCAGCGACCUGGCAGCGCCGCCGGCAGGGCCGUACAGCGCGGGUGCUGGUGGCGUCGGCGUCGGCGUUAGUGGCCGGCGGGAUGCUGUCGUGCUGAGAGGCGGCCCACAGGCAUUGCCGCAGGGGCAAGUAGACAUGGUGGCCCACGGCACUGGGGCGCCCUACCCCGCUCCCAGUAGCGGCCUGGCCAUCAAGCCCAGCGGCGAAAUCACCGGCGUACUGGACCUCUUCCCACAGCCCGCCGUCGACCUGGGGCCGACUCCGCCACUCUCCUCCCUCCCGCCGUCACCUCGCCACCCGCUGCUGCCGCCGCAUGCAGCGUCGGUAUACGACCUGUACGACACAAUCACGCCGCACCGCAGCGCCGCCGUGGCUGCUGCGGCAACCGUCACGUCGACCUCAGAGGCCCCGCCGCUGUCGCCGCCGCUGCCGCUGCCGCUGCCGUCGUCGCCGAGCGGCGAUGUCGGCGUUGCCGUCGGCCCGGCGAUGGCGCUCUCCGGCUUCGAGGUGAUGCGCGCUGUGCUGUCCGGGGACCCGGAGGCCAUUUCCAGGGCAGCAGCCGCCAAGCUAGAAGCGGAAGCGGAGGCCAUGAUUUGGGCGCAUUCCAUGCUGCGCCCGCUGACCUUCCUAGAGCCGGUACCUGAGGGCAGCGAGAUCAAGGAGGGGUCGGGCCCGCUGCCUGUGGCGUUCUUCUCCCCGCUGCCCUCGCCCACGGGUGCCGACGCCGACGGAGGCGGCGCUACUGACUUCUUCUCCGCGCCAGGGUUUACGUACGCCGCCGCGGGGUUGCUGGAACCAGAACCCCCCGGCAUCAGCCCGAAGCGGGCGGAGACAAGGGACUCCGAGGCAUUUUUAGAUCAGCCCGCCCGCCUGCAGCGACAACAGCAGCAGCAGCAGCAGUGGUGGCGGGCGUGGCAUCAGCCGCUGGAGGACGCUGCGGUACCGACGUCAACGUCGCCGCUGGGCGAUGCCGCGGGCCGGGCUGUGCAGAGAGGCGGCCCGGCGGCGACGGCGACGGGUGCGGCCUCCGCGACGGCGGAGGCGACGGAGGCUGCGGGUGCGGGUGCGGAUGCGGCGGACGCGGCACAGCUGCUGCGGUGUACACUACUGCCCGCUGCCGUGAACCACACGGACCACUGGGUGGCGGCGCCGCGGGCCGUUCCUGUCCGUGACAUGGCGGUCUUGCGCGCGCAAUACGCUGUGGCAGCGGCGGAGAAGGAUUACGAGGCGGAGGCGGAGGAGGACGGGGAGGGGGAGGGUGUGGAAAAGCGACUGGAGGCUACGGCGGCGACGCCGCCAUCGGCAGCGGCGGUGGGCUGCAGUACCCCCGAUGCGGAUGGGGAGGGGGACACGGCGGCGAAGGCGGCGUCGAGCCAUGGGUCUGAGAAGGCGGCGGAGGCCGAGCUGAACGAGCUAUUAGCGAUGAUUCCGGGUAGUGAUAACGGCGGUAGCGAUAGCGACGGCGGUAGCGGCAAGGUCGGCUCCAGGGAGGCUGGGGGGCAGCAGCCGAUAACGCUGACGACGGCACGAACAGAGCUUGCGGCGGCGGAGAGGGGCAGGGGUACGACGGCUGCGGCAACGGCAGCGGGAAUCAACGACGCUGGGGGGGGCGGCAGUAUUGUUGACGUCACUGGCCGUGGCGGCGGCGACGGGGACGGCGACGCCGCGGAGGGUGGCCUGGGUGCUGUGGCUGGAGUUCCCUGGAGCAUUCUGGCUGGCGAAGGGCGCCUGGAGCUGUUAUCGGAAAUGCGCAGCAGCGGAAGUGCCGCCGGCGGCGGCGGCGGCGGCAACGGGGAGCCACCGCUUCCCGGGAGCUCCGACAUGGACCCGGUUGCUAGCGUUAUCACGGACCCACGGGUCGCCAAUGCCCUCAGCUACUUACCUGGCAUCACACACGGCGAUGUUUACAACGGCGCCAGUCACCGAGCGAUGGCGUCGUUCGCGGCAGGAUCCGGAUCUGAAUCCUCCAACGCAUCUUCCGCAGAUCCGGGUCCAACUCAAGAUCCAGAUCCAGCGCCGUACAAUCUCCGGCACCGGGCCGCAUCGCCGCCACUCUCGGGCUCGCUGCCCCUGUUGGAUCCGGAGGCUGGGCCACAGCUCGGGACGCUGGCCAUGUACGCGGCCGCUCCAGCCGCUGACGCUGACGCUGCCGUCGCCGCCGCCGGCCUUCCGUACAUGGCGUUGUCCGGUGCUGUACGCAUGAUGAUGCCGUCGUCCGGGCAGUCGCCGAGUGAUCUGGAUUUGGAGGCACUGCUGCGGAGGUCGCGGCGCGCCUCCAGUUCGGAGGUCCUUCCCGGUCGGUUCCUCUCAGCGGGGGGGAUGCAGCUGGCGGAGGCCGUGGCGGGGGCGGCGCCGGCGCCGGAGUCCCCAGGCCGCGCCGCGGCCGCCAUCCGCAGCGCACCCGCGGGUUUUCGCAGCUGCCACCAUCUCGGUGGCGGCGGCGGCACGGUUGUCAGGCCAGCCGGCAGCGCCGCCACUGGCUUUGGCUUCGUCGGCGGCAUGGAAGCACCGGCGGCGCCGCCAGGCAGCUUGACGGCGCUGUCACCGGCGAGCGCGAGCGUGUUAGCUGCGGCGAUGCUUCGCAGCGGGGAAGAAGAUAUAGUCGCGCCGCGGGGGGUUGGCGCGGGGACGUCGGCGGCUGCGGGAACAAGGGCGCAGCGGCGGUGGGGGCGGCGGCGGCUGCGGCCCGCCCUCCGUGAGGGGUGGCCGGGCUGGUGGCCGCUGGCCCAGCUGGAGCAGGCGCUGGUGAUGGUGGCAGCGAGUACGGUAUGUACGGCAACUGAACUGUUGGAAGAAGCGUGUCCGCCUCUCGCGCCAUGCGCCCCCGGCCACAUCCCGAUAUAUCCCCGAGCUGAUUGCCAUUACCAGCUGCUCCUGCUGCUGCUGAACCCGCACUAG